UCGCUGGGGCGUGGAUUUGGACAUAGCGGCGCUAGCAUGCAUGCAUUGCGUGCAUACAGUGAUUGUUUGUGGUUCGAAUUAUUCGAUCAUAACUCAGCAAAGACUCCCAUCACUUGGAACGGUGCGUGAAACGCUGUGACGUCUCGAUAGCUGAGCGGGUGUCUCCACCGGUAGCUUCCAUGUCGUCCCGUAUGCACUGUGUGUGCACGCCGAAUACAGGAGUUCUCGUGGCGAUUUGUUCAGGUGUGCAGUGGCUUUCGGCAGUCCCGUUCACGGCUCCAUCCGUCCGCGUGAGCAAAGAACAAGCAGUCCGCAACACUUCCGUUGGUUGUCACCGCUCGAUCACCAGUUGGCUACCAGCACAUCUGCAACGCUGGCACCAGGGGAGAGGUGGCGAGCAUGUUGGGUCGUAGCUGUCCUGAGGCUGCGAUGGAAUGCUGGGUCGCUGUCUACCCCUACCAAGCACGGCGGCCUGAUGAGCUGUCUGUGGCGGCUGGUGAGCGAUUCCGUGUUUGGCCUCAGCAACAGCUGCAGCCAGGCUGGCUGCUGGGUUGCAGCCUGCGCACUGGGGCUCAAGGGUACCUGCCCGCUGCAUAUGCACGCCCCACAGGAGGGCUGGAUGACAGUGGAUAUUCCGAGCAAGUGUCUUGCAGCCCACCAGUGACUGAAGACCCCUCGACGCAUCUGCUGCAGGACCUGUUCCUAGUAACACCAGUACUGUGCAGCCACUGCGACGACUACAUCUGGGGUCUCGGCUGCUUGGGCAAGCGCUGUCAGGAGUGCGGGGCAUCGUUCCACGCCGGUUGCUCGGCGUUCGCCGGGCUGCGUCCGUGCCUGCCUCCGAGGGAUCCUGCUGCACAGCCUGUCUGUUGCCAGGGUUCCGUGUCCCUGAGCGAGUGGAGCAGUGAAAACGUACUGGAGUGGCUGGCAGCCGUCAACAUGCUGUCUUGCGGUGGGGAGGCGCUGUGUGAGCUAAAAGGUGCUGACUUAGCUGGCUUGGAUCGGGAGCGGCUGCGCAGCCUUGGUUGCAAAGAGGAGGCCACACAGGAUGCCUUGUUGCGCUGUUUGGCAGAGCUCUGCCGACCGGCUCCUUCACCCCCAACACCCACUGCUGCUAGCCAGCUUCAUCAGGGGGACCAUGACCUGGAGUGUGGGAGCUUUCCCCCAGGACUCGAGCAAUGUGACAGCUGCCGGCACUUGUUGCGUGGCCUGGCCCAUCAGGGACUGCUGUGUCGUCAGUGCGGUUUAGUGUGCCACAGGGCAUGUGCGGCUACUCGAGGCCUGCCUGCAUGCCGGCCACCUGCGUCACGGCCCCGACAAGCCCUGCUGGCAUUGUCUGCACUGUGGCGGGACUUGGGGGGUGACCACCCAGGCACUGAGGUGCCACCCGUGUUGUCCCGCUGCCUGCGUGAGGCUGAGGCACUGUGUCAGCGGACAGGGGCCGACCUCUAUGAGGUGUAUGCGAGUUCAGGUGUGCCGGACCGUGUCCACGAGUUGGCCCUGCGGCUGGCCCAGGACCCCCAUGCUGAUCUGCCAGGUUAUGACCUGGCCUGCUGGGUGGGAACCCUCAAGAAGUAUCUGCGUGAGCUGGCCAGCCCUGUCAUUCCGGUGCACUUCUACGAACGCCUGCUGGAAGCAGCCAAAGCUGGUGACGAGGCAGGUGUCGUGCGGCUCGUGGGUCAGCUGCCUGCUGUGCACUGCCGGGCCCUGCGGGCGCUGAUGGCCCACCUCUGCCGUAUCUGCCGGCUGGCCCACAGCCGGGGCCGGUGUGAGCGUCCCCUGCGGCUGGCACAUAGCUUGGCUUUUGUGGUUCUGCGCCCACCCUGGGAGCAAGUGGUAGCCAUGGCACGCAAUGCCCGGUGGCAUGGACGUGUACUUGAGAUACUACUGCUGCGUGGGGACUGGGGAGAGCCUUUGCCUGUCUUCCAGAAUGGUCGCACGCCUGCGCUGCCACCUCGGCGGCCAUCAAGGUCCAGCCAGCAGCCACCAGUGGACCGGAGCCUCCUGGAAGCCGAGUGGUAUUGGGGUGAUAUAUCCAGGGAGGAGUGCUCCGAAAAGCUCAAGGAUGCCGCUGACGGCACAUUUCUGGUUCGGGAUGCACUGGAUCGGGGUUCGGGUGACUACACACUAACUCUGCGUGUGGGUGGCAGCAACAAGCUCAUCAAGAUUUAUCAGCGGGCGGGCAAGUAUGGCUUCUCCGAGCCUCUCACCUUCAAUUCAGUGCCAGAGCUGAUAAGCCACUACCGGCGCGAGUCCCUAGAACACUACAACAACUUCCUGAAUGUGCGGCUGCUCUACCCGGUUUCAAAGUACCACCAGCCUGAUGAUGAGGACCAGCGUGAGUGGAAUGUUGAACGUGUGGGCCAGCGUCUCAUGGAGACCAACCGUGAGUUCCUGUCACGCAGUCGUCAGUUUGACCAGUUCCACGACCAGUUCAACAGGCUGAGUCAAGAGCUGCAGCUCAAGGGCCAGGCACUGCAAUCAUUUGAUGAGGCGGCUGCCAUGUUUGAGGAGCAGGCAGACUUAUUACAACACUUUGGGCGGGACUGCUGCAGUGGCGAGCAGGAGCGCCGGGCUGUCGAGGAGAAUGGAGCAUUGCUACAGCGGCGACUGGCACUGUUGCGCGAGGCCCAGGGCCGGCUCGCUGAUGAGGUGCGUGCUUCCCAGGCCUACUACAAGCAGCUCGAGCGCGAGAUCAACGGCCUCAAGCUAGAGGUAGCUCAAGCAGCCAAGCAGCGCGAGAAGUGCCAGGCCUGGCUGCAGGCUCGUGGCGUGCCCAAGGACCGCAUCAACAAGCUUCUGCAGGACUCUUCAGGGCAGCAGGAGACCUCAAGGAGAGGUGCAAGUGGCAGCUUGGAAGAGGCGUCUUCUGACAGUAGCUGGUUUGUAGCUGACUGUGACCGAAGCCAAGCCAUGCGCCUGCUUGAAGGUCGCUGCGAUGGUACUUUCCUGGUGAGACCCAGCAAGAAUCCGGGACAGUUUGCACUGUCCAUUGUGGCUGAAGGCAAAGUCAACCACUGCCUCAUUCUACGCACUGAGCGUGGGUAUGGCUUUGCAGAGCCACUCACCACACAUCCCACACUGCGUAGCCUGGUGCAGCACUAUGCGCACAACUCACUCGAGGAGCACAACCCGCUGCUCAAGACUACCAUGGCCUACCCGGUGUUUGGCUCCAGCUGAGGCUGGCUCCCCUCUUGUACAGUACAGGACACCUGCUGCAUAAUGUGUACAUAGCCUGCUUUUUUUAUCACCAAUGUUCUCUAGUCAAAUAAAGACCGCUGUUUUCCUUA